AUAGAACAAACUAAAUGAAAGAAAAUAUGAAAUAAUAAUGGCUGCUCAAUAUAUUGAUGGGUCGCUUUUAUCAGGAGAUCAGAUGAAAGCAUUUUUAUAUUCUCAAAAAGAGCCUGUUGUAAUUACUAAUAUGAUUAAUGAUUGGUCAUUAAUAAAUUGGACUUUGGAUCAAAUUGCCAAUGAAUUUGGAAGUAUAGAAACAAGUCUAAAAAUUUACAAAAGAAAAUCUUACGAUUUAUCUUCAAUAACAAAUACUAAUUCAAACUCUUUUGUACCCAUGGAGACUGAUUGCUUAUACAUAAAGUGUUUAUUAAAGGAGUUUAUUUUCUGGAUAACUGAGAAAAAAGAUAUGAUUGGCAAACUUGCUGCAUUUCCAUACUCUGAAUAUUGGGGUUAUGCUGACUACAACUAUAUGUUUGAAUUUUUCAAAGAUUUUUCUUAUGUUUUAAAUGAAGUUAAUUGGGGAAAGUUUGGUUAUCCUAAUCGUAACGGUUUCCAUUCAACGAUUUGGUUUGGAAGUAAAGGUUCUUUUACUCCUUGUCACCAAGACGCUUAUGGCACUAAUCUAGUUGCACAAAUUUUGGGUAUUAAAGAAUGGAUUUUGUUUUCACCACAUGCUUCUGAAUUAAUGCAAGCAACUCGUAUUCCUUAUGAAGAAUCUACCAUUUUUAGUAAAGUUGAUGUUAAAUCAAAUUUACAAUAUGGAAUUAAAGUUCGAUUACUACCUGGAGAGGUUUUGUAUGUACCAAAACAUUGGUGGCAUUAUGUAGAAAAUGAAACAAACAGCAUCAGCAUCAACACAUGGUUAGAAAUGGAAACUGAUAGCUAUGAUCGCAUAUGUGAAGCUUUAGUAAAGAUUCUGGUUUUUUCAAUGAAAAAAUACGAUGGAACCUCUCCAGAUCGUUGGCUAAAUCCUAAUGAGGAGGUGCCUAAGAAUUUUUCCGAUUGUCUGCAACUACUUAAGUCUGCACUAAAUGAAAACUACGAAGUAAACGCAUGCUUAUCUACAUUUCAUACUCGUGCCGUAGUAGAUGAUCAACAUGGCUCUUUGCAUAAAUUAGAAGAUAUUGUACCAGAUACUUCAACGGGUCAAGAUAUUAAUCGUAAAAAAAUUUCAAAUCAUUGUGAUAUUAGAGGUGUUGAUUGUGAUUUUCUGGUGAACUGUUUUGCUGACAAAGAUGUAUUAACUAAAGUUAUUGAAGUCAUGUUUAAAAAAAUGAAAAACAACUAAUUUAACUUAAGUUAUUUGUAAUUACAGAAUAUUUAUAACCAUUUGUGUCGAAGAUUUUCAAGUUUAGAAAUUAAAUAUUUUUUAAAGAACUAAAACUGUGUUAACGAAUACCUAUGCCUAGGCAUGUAAAAAGUAUUAUGCGUUUUAAAGAGUUUGUAUUUAUGUGACACCUGCGCAAAGUGAUUAAAAUAUAAAAGUUAAUUUCUAAAACACAUGAAAUAUAUAUUUACUAAUUUAUUA